AUGGCCCCGGCCCCUCGGCUCGCAUCCAGGCGCGGCCGCGUCGCAACUGCCGCUGGCAUUGACCUGGACGCGCUCGGGCUUGAUAUCCCCGACCUCGGGGAUGAGGUCAGGGGCCACCAGGAGGCCCUGGGGGCGACAUUCAACGCCGAUGACGUGGCGGAGAGCUUCAACAACACGGGCAAGGUCCUGGAGGCGCUCACCGACGGCGUCGCGAUCGUGGACCGCUCCCACUGGGGCCGGAUCCGCGUGGGCGGCGCCGACCGCGUGUCAUUCCUCCACAACCAGUCGACCAACGACUUCAAGUCACUCAAGCCCGGCCAAGGCUGCGACACGGUGUUUGUGACGGCAACAGCGCGCUGCCUGGACCUGGCCACCGCCCUGGUGAUGGGAAACCAGCCGCUGCUGCAGCGGUUUGACAAGUACAUCUUUCUGGCAGACAAGGUCGAGGUGUCUGACGUCAGCAGCCGCUGCCGCAUGUUCACGGUGGCGGGGCCCAAGGCGGCCGACACACUGCGGGAGCUUGGAGGGGAUGCGGUGACCGUCACCGGCGCCCCCUAUGGCAGCCACCAGUUCCUGGGCUUCAAGCCGGGCGGCGCCCCCGUCAUCGCUGCAGCCACCAGCGGCCUGGCGCUGCCAGGCUACACCCUCAUUGUGGACGAGGCGGACGCGGGCGACCUCUACGCGCUGCUGGUCAACAAGGGCUGCGUGCCUUGCGGCGAGGAGGACUGGGAGCGGGCGCGCGUGACUCAGGGGCGGCCUAAGGCUGGCGCGGAGCUGACAGAGGACUUCAACCCCCUGGAGGCUGGCCUCUACCGCGCCGUCUCGGGCUGCUACAUCGGCCAGGAGACGAUCUCCAAGCUCAACAACCUGGACGGCGUCAAGCAGCAGCUCUGGGGCCUGCAGCUUAAGCAGCGCGCCGCGCCCGGCGACGCGAUCACCAACGCGGACGGGGACCGGCUGGGCGCGCUGACGAGCGUGGUCAACCUGCUGGACAGCGGCCACUUUGCGCUGGGCUACCUGCGCUGCAAGAGCAAGGGCGCCAAGGUCGACCUCAACGGUGCCACGGUGCAGGUGGGCGGCGCACCCGCGCGCGUCGUGCCCAUUCCCUUCGCAUCGCGGGCCUUCGCAGCCGACCCCGCCGCCACGGGCGCAGAGGCAGCCGGCGAGCAGGCAAGCGCCACCCUGCAGGAGCGCGCGGAGCAAGCAAGGCAGGAGAAGGCGGCGGCCAAGGAGGCGGCGGAGGCGGCCAAGGCGGAGCGGUUGAAAGCCAUGCAGGAGCGGCUGGCGGCCUGGCAGCAGCAGCAGCAGCAGCAGCAGCAGGGGCAGCAGGGGUAG